AUGGGUCCUCCAGAUAGUCCUUACGCCGGUGGCGUCUUCCUGGUUACCAUACACUUUCCUCCCGACUACCCUUUCAAGCCUCCCAAGGUCGCCUUCAGGACGAAGGUGUUUCAUCCCAACAUCAAUAGCAACGGGAGCAUUUGCUUGGACAUUCUGAAGGAGCAGUGGAGUCCAGCCUUGACCAUUUCUAAGAGUGUGCUCUCGGUGAUUUUGGGUGGGGGAGCCAGUGCAAAGCUUUACCCGUUGACGAAGGAGCGAGCAACGCCUGCUGUGCCGUUGGCCGCGAAUUACAGGCUGAUCGACAUCCCCGUUAGCAACUGCUUGAAUAGUGACAUAGAUCGGAUUUACGUUCUCACUCAGGUCAAUUCCGCCUCGCUCAACCGUCACUGCUUCACAGCAUAUGCGCCGUGCCUGAGUGGUUACCAGACCAAGGGCUUCGUGGAAGUGCUCGCAGCGGAGCAGAGCCCGGAUAAUCCAAACUGGUUCCAGGGAACGGCGGAUGCGGUGCGUCAGUACAUAUGGCUGCUGGAGGACCACAACCCGCAGGAGUAUCUGAUCCUCGCGGCCGACCAGCUGUACCGGUGCGAUUACCGCAGAAUAAUCAAGUGCCACCGGGGUGCUGGUGCUGACAUCACCGUCGCCGCGAUCCCUGUCGACAGAGAGCGGGCGACGUCCUUUGGGAUCAUGAAGGUUGAUGAGGAUGGGCGUGUGACUGAAUUUGCUGAGAAGCCUCAAGGAGCAGAGCUCGACAAGAUGAAGAUGGACACAACGAACGUGGGUCUAGAUCCCCAGGAGGCAGCAAAGCGGCCCUUCAUAGCGUCCAUGGGGAUCUACGUCAUCAGCAGGGAGGCUCUGCCUCGCCUGCUUCUCGAGCAAUUCCCAGACGCCAAUGACUUUGGCCGGGAGGUCAUCCCUGCUGCCUGUGCUAAUGGAUCCAAGGUGCAAGCUUACAUCUAUGAUGGGUACUGGGAGGACAUUGGGUCCAUUGAUGCGUUUUACCACGCCAACCUCAGACUCACCAAGCCUAACCCCCCCUUCACGUUCUAUGAUCGGUCGGCGCCCAUUUUCACUCAGUCCCGCUCUCUGCCUCCUUCCAAGCUGAACAACGUUGACAUUUCUGGCAGCGUUAUUGGGGAAGGCUGCAUCUUGCAGGAGUGCGCCAUUCACGACUCAAUGGUGGGCCUGCGGUCGAUAGUUGGUGCAGGGUCAUCCAUCCACGACAGCUUGCUGCUAGGAGCUGACUACUACGAGGAUGAGGAUGAGUUGCAGAGGGUACUUGCAUCUGGCCAGUUGCCCAUUGGUGUUGGGCGGAAUUCCGUCAUCAAGGGAGCUAUCCUAGACAAGAACGCGCGAAUCGGAGACAACGUGCAU